CGCGCCCAGUCCCAGGCUGCACACCGGCCUAGGCGCGGCGGCCCGAGAUAGGGUCCCUUGAGCCUCCCGGGGGAGGAGAGGAGCCAGCCGCGCGCUCCGCCCCCUCCCCCCGGGUUGCCGCCGCCGCCACCACCGCCACCGCCACCUCGCCGCCCCAGCCUGGCGGGGAAGAGGAGCAGCAGUUGCAGGCCUCCGGGCCCCCGCACAGCCGCCCGCAGGAUAAUUCUGAUUCAUUGCAUCCUUGAAGAGCAUCAAUAGAAGAGGGGGAAAAAAGAUGGGUGUGAAAACAUUUACUCACAGCUCCUCUUCCCACAGCCAGGAAAUGCUGGGAAAACUAAAUAUGCUACGAAAUGAUGGACAUUUUUGUGAUAUCACUAUUCGUGUCCAGGACAAAAUCUUCCGGGCUCACAAGGUGGUACUAGCAGCUUGCAGUGAUUUCUUUCGAACCAAACUUGUGGGCCAAACAGAGGAUGAGAACAAAAAUGUGUUGGAUCUGCAUCAUGUUACAGUGACUGGCUUUAUACCUCUUUUAGAAUACGCUUAUACAGCCACUCUGUCAAUUAACACGGAAAAUAUUAUUGAUGUUCUAGCGGCAGCCAGCUAUAUGCAAAUGUUUAGUGUUGCAAGUACAUGCUCAGAGUUCAUGAAGUCAAGUAUUUUGUGGAAUACACCUAAUAGCCAACCAGAAAAGGGUCUAGAUGCUGGACAAGAGAAUAGUUCCAACUGCAAUUUUACUUCUCGAGAUGGAAGCAUUUCUCCAGUGUCUUCAGAGUGCAGUGCUGUGGAAAGAACCAUUCCUGUCUGCAGAGAGUCCCGGAGAAAACGAAAAAGCUACAUUGUUAUGUCUCCUGAGAGUCCUGUAAAAUGUAGCACACAAACAAGUUCCCCCCAGGUAUUGAAUUCUUCAGCUUCCUAUGCAGAAAAUAGAAAUCAGCCAGUUGACUCUUCUUUAGCGUUUCCAUGGACUUUCCCUUUUGGGAUAGAUCGAAGGGUUCAGCCUGAGAAAGCAAAGCAGGCAGAAAAUACCCGGACUUUAGAAAUGCCUGGCCCAUCUGAGGCAGGUAGAAGAGUGGCUGACUAUGUGACUUGUGAGAGCACAAAAACUACCUUGCCUCUAGGUACAGAAGAUGAUGUCCGGGUCAAAGUAGAAAGAUUAAGUGAUGAGGAAGUCCACGAGGAAGUGUCCCAGCCCGUUAGUGCAUCUCAGAGCUCACUGAGUGAUCAGCAGACGGUGCCUGGAAGUGAACCAGUUCAAGAGGACCUUCUGAUUAGUCCACAGUCUUCCUCUAUAGGCUCAGUAGAUGAAGGAGUCACUGAAGGAUUGCCUACACUUCAGAGCACUUCUACCACCAAUGCUCAUGCAGAUGACGAUGACAGAUUGGAAAAUGUUCAGUAUCCCUAUCAACUCUACAUUGCUCCUUCUACCAGCAGUACAGAACGACCAAGUCCAAAUGGUCCAGACAGACCUUUUCAAUGUCCAACCUGUGGGGUUCGCUUCACCCGUAUUCAGAAUCUAAAACAGCACAUGCUUAUCCACUCAGGAAUUAAACCAUUUCAGUGUGACUGCUGUGGAAAAAAGUUUACCAGGGCUUACUCGCUAAAGAUGCAUCGCCUAAAGCAUGAAGGUAAACGCUGUUUCCGGUGCCAGAUAUGUAGUGCCACUUUCACUUCCUUCGGGGAGUAUAAACACCAUAUGAGGGUUUCCCGGCACAUUAUCCGCAAGCCUCGGAUUUACGAGUGCAAAACAUGUGGCGCCAUGUUCACCAACUCUGGAAAUUUAAUCGUGCACCUGAGGAGUCUGAACCAUGAAGCAUCAGAGCUAGCAAACUACUUCCAGAGCAGUGAUUUCUUAGUACCGGACUACUUAAACCAGGAGCAAGAAGACACCCUUGUUCAAUAUGAUCUUGGAGAACAUACUUUUGAAAGCAACUCUUCUGUUCAAAUGCCUGUGAUUUCACAGGUCUCCUCAACCCAGAAUUGUGAAAGCACUUUUCCCCUGGGGUCUCUUGGUGGGCUUGCAGAAAAGGAGGAGGAACUGCAAGAGCAGCCAAAGACCAGUGCUCAUGCUGAGACUCCCAGAGAUGACCCCCCCAAGGCAGAGCUAUCUUCUAUAACUAUUGAGUAAUUCUGUGAUUGGCCUGGGUUUUGGUUUUUUGGAAAGUGCCUGUGCUUGGUCUCACAUGUUUAAAUUUAAUUUAAUUUUUUAAAGAAGGGUUCCCUUUGUAAGCCCUGAAACUGGAGGGUUCUUUGUUUUGCUUUGUUUUUUUCAUAGCUGAGAGAUUGCUUCUGUAUUUAUACAAUAAGGUAACAUUGAAACAGAACAUACACUUUGAGACUUAAGGAAAAGCAGCUGACUUAGAACAUGGCAGUUCUUCCUCCCAUUGUUAAAAGUGGGCAGCAGCAGAUACAAAAGAAAUCAGGUUGUUCUUGACCUUCCUGAGAAAGAGGGCUAAUGAGAAGUUACUAAACCAUUUGACAAUGCCUAAGUAAAUGUUUACUCCUAGAUGCAGGGUGUUAUAAAGCCUGUAGAUUUGGAAGUAUUUACGAUAAUUUUUUUUCAGAUGAAGGUAAAUAACUUCUGAAAUCCAGUAUAUUCUUUUAAGCCAUUUUGAAUUUUUAUGGUGAAAAAAUAUUAUCAGGCAGGCAUUUCCUGUACCUUUAUAGUACCACUCCAAAGGCUAAUAAGAGGUGUGAUUGAGAAGAGUCAGGCUGUGCAUGGAAUGGCAGGGUGCAGAACGAGGUACGUAUACCCAGCUUUUCAAGAACUCUUCAGACCAUUUCUCUUCCUGGUCAUUGAAUGCUGACACCUGGCUAACUAGGACAUUGCUCAGAGAAGUGUCCUCAUGUCCCACCAACAGCACUUUCACUUGCAUAUACUAUUGUGCUGCCAUAUAAAAGAAAAACAUUGAAGAUAUUCUAUAUUUUAUAUAUAGGUUUAUGUAUUGUUGAGGAUGUCAAUGCUGUGCUGUUUUGGACAAAAUAAAAGAAUUCUGUUUUGAGGCUACAUUCUUAACCCAAUUAAGAUUGUUUACAAGAUCACAUAUGACAACAAUAUAAUGUCCUUAUUCCAAAAUAUUUUAAGGUAUUGCCAAGUUUGUUAAAAAGCAGCUAUUAUAGUUGUUACGGGAUGUAAGCAAUAAUGUGAAAGAUAAGAAGAGGUUGUAAAAUGAUCGUCUGUGACUCAGAAAUUGGAGGAGGGAUUGUUAAGACUAGAAUCUAAAAACUUUGCUACUCAGAUGAUAACAUUUAUAUGAUACUCUAGAUUCGGAUAUACUUUUUUUAUCUGCUAACAUUAAUGCUUCUUCCAUCUGAAAUAUUCAUGAAUCUACAAAUAAUGAACUUUUGUGUAAUUUUUUUAUAUAGAAAAUAGCCCCAAUGUUUAUCAUUAUGAUAGCCCCUGAUGAGGUUAGAAGAUAAAAACAACAUAUUUUUUUUGUUUGACUUUGGAUAUUAUCCUUUGUUUUGUGACAGGAUCAUAGGUAGCCCAGGUUGGUCCAGAACUCAUGAUCCUCUUGCCCCAGUUUGCUCAUAACCCUUGCUAACAUAUAUUAUAGACAUACCACCACACCCAGUUCGAACUAUAGUCUUAGUCAAACACAUGAUCUGAUUUUUAUCCCAAUGCCAGGCCUUACUUACUUUUUAUAUUAUAGUAAUUUGUUUCUUUAAAAUUUAUUAAUUCUGUAAUUUGAUUUCUAUCUCUGUCCAUUUUUUUUUUCUUAAUACUGAGAAUUGAACCCAGGACUUUACAUCUUAUGAGCACAUGCUCUAUCACUAGAUACAACCCCGCCCUUAUUUCCAGUGUUUUACCUGACUCAUGAGCUUAUUUGCUCCCAAGCAUAAGUGUGUGACUUUCAGAAAAUCAGUAAUCGGUAACUAGAAAAGUCAGUAAUUUUUAUUUUAUUAUCAUAUUUGAUCUUUGAAAACUGUGCCUACUAAUUAAUAAAUCCAAAAACUCAUUAGAA